AUGUCUAUUCCAACUCGACAUCUUGGCCGUGGCGGUCCUCAGGUACCUGCGGUUGGUCUUGGCCUAAUGAGCUUGGGUAGCAUAUACGGAGCAGCAGGCACCCUUGAGGACAAAGUCGCCUUCCUGGAGCAUGCGCAUGCAACUGGCCAGCGAUUUUGGGACACUGCAGACAUGUAUGCCGAUAGUGAAGAUGCUGUAGGCGAGUGGAUCAAGCGCUCUGGUAAGCGCAAUGAUAUCUUUCUCGCCACGAAGUUUGCAAUCUACCGUGAUAUCGAAAAAAAUAUUUUUUCCCUUCGGUCCGACCCGGAGUAUAUCAAGACUGCUUGCGAGAAGAGUCUGAAGAGACUGGGGGUAGAUGUAAUUGAUUUGUACUAUUGUCAUCGUGUGGAUGGAAAAACCCCCAUUGAGGAGACCAUUAGAGCCAUGGUCGAGCUAAAGAAUCAGGGAAAGAUCCGGCACCUUGGACUCUCAGAGGUGUCAGCAGCAACACUGCGUCGAGCCCACGCCGUCCACCCCAUCUCCGCACUACAAAUGGAAUACAGCCCGUUCGCACUAGACAUGGAGAAACCGGGAAUCGACCUCCUGAACACUUGUCGUGAGCUAGGUGUGGCCGUGGUUGCCUAUAGCCCAAUCGGUCGUGGUAUUCUUACUGGAGAUAUCCGGUCGUUUGACGAUUUCCCUGCAGAUGAUUUCCGCCGCGUUCUGCCCAAAUACCAACCGGAGCACUUCCCCAAAAUCUUGGAGCUAGUUCAAGGACUAAAUGCUGUAGCUCAAGCCCAUGGAUGCACAUCGGCACAGGUUGCAAUUGCAUGGCUCCUUGCACAAGGACCUGACAUCAUACCAAUCCCUGGCACUAAGUCAGCCAAACGGAUGGAUGAAAACGCCGCUUCUGCAUUAAUCGAAUUGACCGAUAAGGAGGUGCAGGAUAUCCGCGAUCUAGUCGAACGCUCGGAGGUUCCUGGUGAUCGUUAUCAUGUUUCCAUGCAGAUGAACGUUAUUGCUGAUACUCCGCCCCUCUGA